AUGGCACAAGAGGAAGAGAGCCGGACCUCCACCCCUCGGUCCUUUACGGGCCAAAGCGCAUCCGCGGAGGAAAUGCUCAAGUCGCAAACCGUCGGUCUCGUACAUCUCUCAGAUUUUCGCAAGCGCCGUGCCGAGGUGCUGGAGCAAAAGGAGCGCGAGGCGCAUGAUAAGUCGCUGGGGCGACUGGCAUCCGGUAAUUCAAGGAGCGCAACUCCCUCCACGGGCGACGUGACUGACGGAUCGACGACACCACGAAGUGAUGGUCCGCCCAGGAAGAAGAAAAAGAAGCCCCUUGCCAAAAGUAAGCUUUCUUUUGGCGACGAUAAUGAUGAUACUGGGGAAGACUCAGCAGCAACCCCGCGCGAGUCGAGUAUAUCGCGGUCGAAUUCGAAAACCCCAGUCGAUGACGGUGCUCGCCGCAUGAAGGCCAACCCAAAUGCACCGCCCCCUCCGAAGGCCAUGACCAAGGCGACUGUGGAGGCUGAGGCACAAGCUCGCGACACACUCCGCAAGGAAUUCUUGACGAUGCAGGAAGCGGUCAAGAAUACCGAGAUCUUGAUCCCAUUUGUUUUCUAUGAUGGGACAAAUAUCCCGGCGGGAAAUGUCAAGGUUAAGAAAGGCGACCCCGUUUGGCUGUUCUUGGACCGGUGUCGCAAGGUCGGUGCUGAGUUGGGGGUACGCGGCGCCCAUGGGGCCAGAGGCAAGAGAGACCACCGACGAGAAUGGGCCCGUGUCAGUGUUGAUGACUUGAUGCUGGUAAAGGGCGAUGUCAUUGUGCCCCAUGUAAGUCUCCUUUUCCUAUUUCCAUGGCUCCCAUCUGACUCAAGCCAGCAUUACGAGUUCUAUUACUUCAUUGCCAACCGCAUUCCCAGCUUCAGCCGCGCAGGCGGCUUGCUGUUUGACUACUCCGACAAGCCUCAAGCCGAUUCGACCGAUGAUGCGUUAUCGCGUCCUAAUAAUGAUCAAUUAGAAGGCGCAAACAAGGAGCCCACAGUAACCAAAGUGGUAGAUCGACGGUGGUAUGAAAAGAACAAGCAUAUUUACCCGGCCAGUCUCUGGCACGAGUACGAGCCUGGGAAGGAGUUUGAAGAGGAAAUGACUUCGACGAGGCAGAGCGGUAGUGACUACUUGCUCGUGAGUGGCGAUGCACUUCGUCAACUGAACGACGCUGACAGCACCAGACAUGUCUUCUGUCUGAAAUGCGCCGCCAGUCUCGGCCUUUCGCAUCCAACUUCAGACGACCGUCGCUGUCCUGCGUGCCAGAGUAUUCUCCCCAAUCCUGAUGAUGCGGCCUCGACUAUCCUCAACCCCACCGAAGACUACAAGACCAGCGUGUUGAGCGGCUUGGACCCGACUACAAUCAUGGAGUGUGCUGGCCGCGCAUUGGGGUUUUGGACAUACCAGAGUACACAGGAGAUUUUCUACCAAGAGUUCUUGGGCAAGACCCUCACAGAGAAGUACACGAAUCUGAGCACACAGAUGGACAAGGUCAUCCACAAUGCCAAUACCGAGAUUAUGUCUCUACAAAGCAAGGUUUCUGGUCGGUUGGGUCGAGUACUCCCGGUUGCCUUGACUUGUAAUGCUAACACUCGACCGCCAGAUAUGCAAGCGGCCCAGGGCCAACUCCAGAGAAAGAACCAAGAGCUUGCCGAUCUCUGUCGUGAGAAAUCACAGAAGCUAUCGCAGAUGACCAAUCUCUAUAACCUCCUCAAAGCCCGGGCCAUGCGGACCCGGAUGCAGACCGCAGCGUCAGACACCGUCUCACAGACCCUAAACUCGCUCUCGUCACGGGCUGCUCCCCAUACCCCAGCAAUGCCGUCCGGUCCUCCAGCAGCGUUGAUGGCGCAGCAACCACGGCUUCCCCAGUCCCCUUCAUACCAUGUCAACGCAGAUGGAGUUGAGCAGCUGCAUCGAUACCAACGAAGCGGGACCGGCAGCUCCAAGAGGGCGAGGAAGAAGACAAUAGAGGCGUCAGCGAUGCCACCGCCAGGUCGGCCCAUGUGGAAUGGGCGAAGCCGUGCUUUAUUUACCGGCGAACGAGAAGGGAGCAUGAAUCAUGAUGGCCUGGCUCAAGCGCACACUGCCACUCCGCAGCAUCGUACUCGACUACCACGCCCAUCUCGACCGCCGACGGCAUUAUCUCAAUUUCCGCCUGAGGAUGCAUUGCUCGAGCGAUUCGGAGGUUAG